AUGUCUUCGGAAGGCUCCAAGGUCCAUUCAGGGGAACUCUCUGAAAUAUCAUUUGGCUUGGAAGACCGUUGGUACCAUGAACUUCUCGAGGACCUGCUAAUGGUAAUCAUGGCGAGGAUCGGGACCGGCCUGGUCAAACGGAUCCUAAUGGACAUAGGGGCUGAUUCAAACAUCAUGUUCCGAAACGUGUUUGAUGACUUGGGACUCAAGGAGAAUGACCUCAAGGACCACCGUCAUGGGGCCGUAGUGAUGCGAUUGGGAGACAACUACAUCAAGCAUCUGUCACCCUCCCGAUCUGCGUGGUUCUGGGAGAGCCGCAAGUCGACAAUGGCAGAGUUUGUGGUCUUGAGGGAUUCUACGGCGUAUAACAUCAUCCUUGUUAGAAGGACCAUCAACGAACUAUCAGCCAUCAUUUGCACAAAGCUCCUUACAAUGAAAUUUUUGCCGGACAACGAAUUUGUGGGCUUAAUCCUGGGAGACGUGGAAAUAGCGAUUGCUUGUGACUACGCCAACUUAACACUUAGAAAGAAAUCAAAAGAAGCAGUCGUGGUGUUCUUGGCGGACCUAGAUGCCAUGAUUGAUGAGAAACCAAGAAACCCCCUAAUGGAAGCCAUUAGAGCAAAUGGAGACCUUUUCGCCUGGACUCUAGCUGAUAUACUAGGGAUAGGCCCUGACUUCAUGUCGCACCGCUUGGCCAUGAAGCCGAAAUCCCAAUCGGUCGCACAGCGAAGAAGGAAAAUGUCGUCAGAAAGAGCCGACGAGGUAUUCAGGCAGACAACUAGCUUGUUGAAAGCCAACUUCAUCAGGAAACUUGACUAUUCCACAUGGCUCUCAAAUGUGGUGCCUGUGAAGAAGACGAAUGAGAAAUGGAGAAUGUGUGUCGAUUACUCAAAUCUCAACAAGACGUGUCCUAAGGACUCGUUCCCUCUCCCCAACAUUGAUACCCUGGUAGAUACGGUGACAAGAUACAUAUUUUUGAACUUUAUGGAUGCAUAUUUAGGAUAUAAUCAGAUCCCAAUUCACCGACCCGACGAAGAUAAAACAACAUUCAUAACGCCAGCAGGGACCUACUGUUAUAAGGUCAUGCUGUUUGGGUUGAAGAACGAGGGGGCAACAUACCAAAGAUUAAUGAACAAAGUUUUCAAAGAUCACAUCAGCAAGUUGGUAGAGGUUAUACGUGGAGGACAUACUGGUAAAGACAGCCGAACUGAAUAG